AUGCCUCGUAAGGCCUCGUCGACCUCAGAUUCGCGCCUCAAAUGGCGCAAGCGGAAGCGCAACCCGGACGCGUCCCCGUCCAAGCCCUCCACCUCGGCCGCCGCCGCCGCGGCCGACCACUCCUCCGACUCCGACUCCGCCGACGAGGACGCCGCCGUCCACGGCGCGGCGGGGGACGGGGCAGCCGGCGACGACGACGAUGCUCCCGCGCUCGCCCUCCGCGAGGCCGAGGUGCUGCCCUCGGCCGAGGCCAUCUCUGCGUUCCCCGCCGCCAAGCGCCGCGUGGUCAACCGGCCGCAUCCGUCCGUCCUCGCGCUGCUCGAGGCCGAGCGAUCCGCUUCUUCCGGCGAUGUCCCGACCGUGGCACCGCCGGCGCUAGAGAACAUCUCGCACGGGCAGCUGCAGGUGCUGUCCGGGGUGCUUCCGGACCACCCGUCCCUUGGUACAGACCCCGACAAGCCGUCCUUGUAUGUGUGCACGCCGCCUCCCCUCAUGGAGGGGCAUGGGGUGCCCAAGCAGUUCCAGGGUCGCCUCCAUGUGGUGCCCAAGCACUCAGAUUGGUUCUCCUCGGGGACAGCUCAUAGGCUGGAAAGGCAGGUAGUGCCACACUUCUUUACUGGCAAGUCUCCAGGGCACACUCCGGAGAAGAUUGUUAGGUUCUUGGACACUUGGGGCAUCAUCAAUUACCUCGCUGCUGGGUCUGUGCACCGUGGCCUGAGGAUGGCAACUUCGCUUCUAAGAGAGGAACCUACAGGGGAACUGCAGUUGCUUACAGCGCCAUUGAAAUCAAUCGAUGGUCUAAUUUUGUUUGACCGGCCAAAAUGCAGCCUCCCAGCGGAGGACAUUUCUUCUAUGGCAGCGUCUUCGUCUAACUCGGAGGCUGUGGAUUUUGAUGCUGCAUUUGCAGACUUGGAUGCAAAGAUCAGGGAGCGUUUGUCUGAGAGCUCUUGCAGUUAUUGCUUACAGCCUUUGCCAAGUUUACAUUACCGGUCACAAAAGGAGGUGCGCUUCUUUGUAACAUCCAUUUUACAUGUUUUAUGUUAA